AUGGAUGAAACUGGUUUGCAAUUGCAGCAUACACCAGACAAGAUUGUUACUAAGUCAAGUUCAAGAUAUAUACAAAGUUGGACAAGUGGAAACUGUGAAACAAUAACAAUAAUUGCCACAAUUAAUGCCUCAGGCACUCACAUACCUCCUCACAUUAUUGCGAAAAGUAAAACCAGAAGAGCUUUAAAUGACUUUGAAGUUCUUUCAGCUCUUGAAAGAAGACCUGAGCGACUUCAAAUAUUAAUUUUGGAUGGUCAUAGUUCUCAUAAUUUCAUAAAAUUGAUUGAUUCAGCUAUCAAGAACAACAUCAUUAUAGUUGAACUUCCAGCACACACAUCACAUUGGCUUCAACCUUGUGAUCGGAGUGUAUUUGGACCACUCAAACAACACUAUAAUGUUGCUUGCCAAGAUAUGAUGAAUAUGUAUCCAGGUGUUUUAGUGUCACGUAAGAAUUUUUGUGCUUUGUUUAGAAUAGCAUGA